AUGGUGGAAGAGCCCAGCUUCAUAAGGGAAGGGAAGUUGGAGGUGGAGAGUUCCCACCUGUUUGUGCUUCAGCUGGUCCACAGGCCAUCUGUGCGCUCCGUCCUCCAGGGGCUCCUAAAGAAGAGGCUCCUUCCUGCAGAACACUGCAUAACCAAGAUAAAGAGGAACUUCAGCAGCGUGGCUGCCUCGGCAGGAAACUCCACUCUCAACGGAGAGGACGGCGUGGAGCAGACAGCCAUCAAAGUGUCGCUGAAAUGUCCCAUUACCUUCCGUCGCAUCCAGCUACCCGCUCGAGGGCACGACUGCAAACAUGUGCAGUGCUUCGAUCUGGAGUCUUACCUGCAGCUCAACUGUGAGAGGGGGACAUGGAGGUGUCCUGUGUGCAAUAAAACAGCUUUAUUAGAAGGCCUGGAGGUGGACCAGUUCAUGUGGGGAAUCCUUAACGCUAUCCAAAAUUCUGAAUUUGAGGAGGUCACUAUAGACCCGACAUGUAGCUGGAGACCUGUUCCUAUCAAGUCUGAGCUCCACAUCAAAGAGGACCCUGACGGACCUCUGGCCAAGCGCUUUAAGACCAUGAGUCCAAGUCAGAUGACCAUGCCCAAUGUGAUGGAGAUGAUCGCUCAGUUAGGUCCUGGUUCAGGCCCAGGACCUGGGCCGGGCCCCGGACCGGGUCCAAGUCCCUACCAUCCUCACCCUGGUCAGCAUCCUAGCGGCAAUGGUGGAGAAUACCCCGGAGCAGGCAACAGCUACCACAGCCAAGUGGGCUUUGACUUUCCCAACGGGAACCCCUCUGGUGGUGGGGGGGUUGGAGGAGGAGGAGGUGGAGGGGCUCCUAUGAACGAUUUCAUCCAUGGUCCUCAGCUGUCCCACCCACCUGAUGGACCUGGUGGUCUUCUCUCCCAGGACAAGCCCCUCAGCCACAGCAUGAAUGAUACAAUGUCCCAUUCAGAUCAGUCCCAUAACUCCAUGCAGCAGAGCUUGCAUGCGUCUCCUCACCCUGGCAGCCAAUCAGGGCCACCCUUGCAUCACAGCGGCCAGUCAGGGCAGCCUUUGCAUCACAGUGGGCAGUCAUCGCAGCCGCCUCGCCAGCCGCAGCCUCAGCAUCCUGGGCAGAACAGUCACCCCCACAGCGAUCUGAACUUUAACCCCUCCUCAGAUGGGCAGCUGGGUCAGGGAGCCCAGGAUAUGCCUGAACCCUCCCUGGAUCUGCUUCCAGAGCUGGCCAACCCAGAAGAGUUACUCUCGUAUCUGGACCCCCCGGACCUUCCCGCCAACAGCAACGAUGACCUGCUCUCUCUUUUUGAGAACAACUAGUCCUUUCUGCUCUCCCUCUCCCCACGAAACUUCCUGCACCUUCAGGAGCUGAGGCGCUCAGCUGUCCGUCCACUUCCUGUCAACUCCUCACACAGACACACUCGAACUGUUUUGUAGUAGGUGACGUGUGUUAUAGGAGCACCGAUUUUUGGGAACUCCAAACAUGGAAGCAGGAUGGCCCCUCAUUCCUGCAAUUCCCCACUUUUACUUUUGUUUCGUGUAAAGAUUCCACACACCAGUUCCACCACCUCUGGCUCAAACACAUUUGUAGUGAAGUUGGUGGGCACUACAGUGAAAAUAUAGAUCUAUAAAUAUAUCAUACACUUGUAUGUGUAUAUAAACAUAUAUGAUGUUUGUGACUUCUCAACUGAAAACUGUGCAGCUAUAAUCAGAUCCAACAACACGGAGCCUGGUGUUGUCGCUUAUUUUUAAAACAUAAAGUUUCCUUUAUGACAGAAGCAGAGUCGAAGGGAGGAGUCAUCGUGUUGUCAGUGUUUUUAUUUUUACUAAAGCUGUUCUUCCAAAUCUUUGGCGCACGCCUUUGACCCCCAGACUUCCCAGUGUAUGAGAUGUUUGAAUUACUGGAACUCAUCAAAGUCAGAGCACUGAUUUCAGGCUGCUCGUGUGUGUGCGUGUGUGUUUACGUCUGUAUUGGCUGCUUAUAAGCAUAUGUGAAGGGGGAGAGACAGGAAGGGGGAAAACAGCCGGUAGGAAGGAGAGAAAGUCGUCUC